AUGAAAAUCAAUCUUCUAAUAGUUACUAUACUUAUUAUAAGAUGCCUAUUAGCAAGCAAACAAAUUAGCUCAAUAUAAUUAAUUCUGAUUGAACAUCUAAAUACACAGCAUGGUGAGAUGCCUUUUUUCCCGGUUUUGUCACUACUCUCGGGGCUCCUUUAGGGUCUCGCAGGACAGCUCGCUCCUCCAAGUCUCCCUUAAGCAGUUUAAGAGCCUAGAAGCACGAAACGUUAGCGGCUUGGUGCAUUGCCUCGCUCUAUCCAACUUUUCUCCAGCGCCUGCUGAACCUAAGCGUCCUGUCUUUUAUAUAAGCAAGGGAAAGAGAUGUUCAUAUUAAUUUUAAUGUCUUCGUCCUUGACAGGGCCAGGGAUUCGCACCCCUACAUAUUUGGCUUCCAUGACUCUGGAGCCUUUGGGCUAUCACCUGGGCGAAACUCCCUGUUUCUCAUCAGCUAGAUGCCACCUUGGAGCUCUGCUCGAAUAACUUAUUAUCCUUCUGAGGCUUCUGAUGGUCCUUCCCUUUUAAAUGAUGGUCUCGAGGUAAAACUCCAAGUUCAGAAAUCAGCUUCCUGAGGCUCAAGACAACCUAGCCUGGCAUAUAUAAAGGAUUUCCGAAAUAGGGCGCGCUUUUCGCGCUAAAAGGUAGAAGGAGCUUAUGGAGCCUGUGGGAGCGCGUUGACUUGGUGUGGUAGAGUGGCAUUGAUUGGUGACCCACAUCGGAGGAUCGAGUGGGUGGUGCAUCAUUGAUGCUUCAAGUGAUUUUGCUGGUGCGGCUUCAGGAGUUCGAUUGUGGACUAUAGUUGUUGAUUGUUGGAAGAUGCUGGAGUUUUUGUUGCAAGAAAAGUGGACAUGAAUUGGCUGAGUUGUAAUUGGCCGAUUUCGGAUGAGUAAUGUACGAAUCGGUGAUUCAAUUAGAACUUAACUUACGAAACGUGUCAAAAGCUAAACUUUGGAGUAGGUCUGAAUUUUUGGUUUCUUUGGGAUUUUUUGGAAUUUUUAGAGGGUUUUGAGAAUUUUUUUGAGUAAAAACGAGAGAGAAAUGCUGAGGUUUCAGCGGUAAAAUUUUAAUUCUAAUACUAAUAAAGGAUUUCCGGCUUCUUUCUGUCACACUGGGCCAUUGCCUGCUGGUAUUGAAGAGAAGUCCACGCGUAAAAACCUAACCCCAUAAUAAUAAAAGUUGGCUGACGGAAAAGAAAUAAGCAGAGUGAAUCAACUUUUCAUACGAAGCCAUUUUAUUAUUAUAAGGUGCCUAUUAGCAGAUAAAUCCCUACGAGUCGUGAUCAGAUGUCCUUAUUUAGAGCUUCGACAGCGUUUAUCAAUAACCUCAAAUGGUUGAUAUAUACCUUGGCUUAAUUCAGAAAAUUCAUCUACUAGGAAAAUAUUUACCGACCAUUACUUCAUGUAUAACUUUCUCAAACUUAAUUUGCCAAAUAAUGAGUUUUGCAGUAUAGAAGAGCCUGACCAAUUUGCUACUAUGAAUCCUUCUGCUAUGUGAAUUGAAGAAAAAAAAAUGUUCUUGGCUGUUGUGAGAAUUAAUAUUAAUAGAAAUAAGAGUUUUUUAUGAGCAAGUUGAUAUGACUCGGAUUGAAAAGAAGUCAUUACUGAAGAAUUUAUUGGAAAUACGGCAGUGCCAGGAAUAAUACCAAUUAAAAUUCCAAAUUUAUAUCUUCUUAAUGCUGGGCCAGAAGACCCACGAAUUUUUCGAGCAUUAGGGAAUCAAGUUUUUGUUCUUUUUAACAUGUUCGAUUAUGAUGAAAUGAGAAAAAUGUGGAUUUAUAAUUUUAAUACAGCAGAAUGCUACCCUCUUUCUAUACGCUAUCAUAAAGAACAAGCUUAUUUUUCAGAAAAGAAUUGGACACCUUUUAUUGUAGAUGAUGAGCACUUAUAUUUUAUUUAUAAUUAUAAAAAUUUUCAAAUAAUUGACUGUACAGUAAAAGGAGAAAAUUGUUCCUGAAAAAGUGGGGGGUACGAACGACUCCCUGAAGGGCUAAGAGGCGGAUCUCCUUAUCUCCAAUAUAAGAAUACAAGCUAUUAUGUGAAUUUAGGAUACUCACAUAUUUUUUAUGUAAAAGACACAAAUUGAUGCCAUCUCUACCGACCCUGCCUUACAUUAGCUCAAUAUAUUGACGAAGAGCCUAAUUUUCGUCUGAUUUACACAAGCGAGCCAAUUGAUUUUUCAAAUAAAUUAUUUUUAAAGCCAAUAACAAAAUAUUCACUCCCCUCUCCUUGAGCGAACAAGAACAUUUAAAAAAUCGCUAUUUUUUGGGUAAAAUUUCACCCUCUGCGAACGAAAAUUUUUUUUGAUAUAUAAGUGCUAAUUUAUUAUAAUGAAAUCUCUAGCUAAUUCUGUUUAAUUUUGAAAAAUUACAUUUUAAAACAGCAAUUUUGCUAAUUAAAUAUAUAUUUGCUUUCCAUAUUUACGUUUUUGGAUUUUUACAAAAAAUUGUUAUUCAAUUUAUAAAUAAAUUUCUGGAAAAUAAAAAAUUAACUCACUUCAUAAGCAAACAAAUUUUUUUUGUUCGCUCAUAGAGGGGCGAAGCCAGAAAUGAGUGAAGUAGGGAUGUGUGGAGAUGGGAGAAUCAUGAUUCCACUUUCAAUAGCACGCUGAAACUAUGAAGAGGAUAUAGCAGAUAUCACGGUUAGCAUAAAUGAUACGAUUCCUCUUGCUUUAAAAGUGUCAGGAUUAGCUGAAAUUGUUGAUGAAGUAAUUUUCUGAUAUGAGAAAGGGUCAUUGCCUAAAGAAGAGAAUUGCGCUGAGAGGUUGGCAUACUGAGAUGUAGGACUCACUCAGCCUCAAAAGCCAAGAUUUAAUGUGAGAAAAAUAAAGCCUAAUAGCGAAAAACCGUAG